AGCUACGCAAGUGAUUCCUGGAGGAGUGCCAAAAGCAUCCCUAUAGUAUAUAUACUUAUCGUGUUUCCUAGAAACUAAGCUAUACAAGUUGCCCGCCCAAGAUCGCCAACAAAGAUUUGCCUUUGAAACUGCCUAGCUUUCCUCUCUGACACUGCUGAUUUAACCUCUUCGUCUUCGACGACCUUGGUGUUCUUCCAUGGCGCAGCUUUUGUGGUUGGCGUCCGUGCUUCUCCUUGCCGCCAGUUCGGUGGCAGAUGCCGCAACUGCGAACUACACAUUCACAGUGGCGAGCAUGCGAGUUAAUCGGCUGUGCAACAGCACUGACAUCAUUGCGGUGAACGGCCAACUGCCUGGGCCAACGAUAGAGGUGAACGACGGCGACGAGGUUGUCGUCAAUGUAACCAACGGGUCGCCAUACAACUUAACCAUCCACUGGCAUGGGAUGCUCCAGUUACUGACGCCAUGGGCGGACGGUCCGAGCAUGGUGACCCAGUGCCCGAUCCAGCCCAACAGCUCCUACGCGUACCGCUUCAACGUGACCGGGCAAGAGGGCACGCUGUGGUGGCACGCGCACUCCUCCUUCCUGCGCGCCACCGUGUACGGCGCCCUCAUCGUCAAGCCCAGGAAUGGCUCCGCCUACCCGUUCCCCACGCCCGACCAAGAAGUCCCUCUCGUACUCGGCGAGUGGUGGAGCCAGAAUGUUGUCGACGUCGAGAAGGACGCGCUCAUGUCCGGCCAGCUUCCUAGCCGCUCCGACGCCUUCACCGUUAACGGUCUAACCGGCCAGCUAUACCCGUGCGCAAAUGAGACGUUUACGGUGGUGGUGGAGCCGAACACGACGGUGCUGCUCCGGGUGAUCAACGCCGCGCUCAACACGCACCUCUUCUUCAAGUUGGCCGGCCACAACUUCACCGUGGUGGCCGUGGACGCGUGCUACACGGCCAACCACACCACGGACACGCUGGUGCUCGCGCCGGGGAACACCGUGGACGCGCUCAUCUUCACGGGCCCCAAGCCGGCCGGGAGCUACUACAUGGCGGUGCAGCCGCACGACACGAUAUCCCCGGCCACGAUGGCCACCUCCGACGACGACUCCACCGCCACGGCCAUCCUGCGCUACAACGGCACGUCGCCCACGGCCACGCCCGCCAUGCCGGCCAUGCCGACCAGCUCCGACACGUCCACGGCCAACGCCUUCUACUUCGGCCUCAGAGGCGUCAAGGCCUUCACGGCGGUGCCGACCAAGGUGGACGUGAACAUGACCAUCGAGCUGGGCCUGGGCCAGCUGCCGUGCGACUCGGCCCAGACCAGCUGCAACGGGACCGCCUUCGCGGCGGCCAUGAACGGCGUCUCGUUCCGGCUCCCGACGCGGGUGUCGCUCCUGGAGGCCCAGUUCAAGGGCAAGCCUGCUGGGGUCUACACCGCCGAUUUCCCCGACGGGCCCCCGGGGAGCGGCAUGGCGAUGGUGGAGGGGACCAAGGUCAGGAGCCUCCCGUACAACUCGACGGUGGAGAUCGUGCUCCAGAACCCGACCGCCGUCCCGGCGGAGAACCACCCGAUCCACCUCCACGGCUUCAACUUCUUCGUGCUGGCGCAGGGCCUCGGGACCUUUACGCCGGGCAACGCCAGCGCGUACAACCUGGUCGACCCGGUGUCCCGAAACACCCUCGCCGUGCCCACCGGGGGAUGGGCCGUCAUCCGCUUCGUCGCCAACAACCCAGGGAUGUGGUUCUUUCACUGCCACCUCGACGCGCACGUCCCGAUGGGCCUCGGCAUGGUGUUUGCGGUACAGAACGGGACGGCGCCUGGCUCCAUCCUCCCUCCGCCGCCGGCGGAUCUACCGAUGUGCUAGAACUUGCAAGUAAACGGCGUGACGUCAGUACAUGAUCCUGCGUGUAAAAUUUUACAGAUUUGUUCUUGUUGUACAAAAAAAAAGUGGGCAUGUUGUUAGUUUAUUUCUUGUGUACUUACAAAGGAAGUUUACAUCGAUUGUUUUUGGUGUAACUAUAUGUUCUCUUAAUUUUUUACAGUGUAAAAAAAACAGUGGCUUCACAAGUUCGGGCGGUGUAAAUAUACUCUGCUGAUUGGGAUUACAACUGACUUUGGCC